UGGGGUCACCCUCAGCGGUGAUGGCAGCGAUGGCUUUGCUCCAUGUCUUCAUCCUGCUGGCAUUGGCCUGGCUGGUGCGUGGCUCCUGGGACAGCUGUGGGUGUUGGGCUUCUGCUUCCAGAGGGACCUGCGGUACGCGUCCCAUGGCUGAUUCCUAUGGGGUGUCGCGCAUCGUCGGAGGCGUGGAUGCGCACCAGGGCGCCUGGCCAUGGAUGGUCAGCAUCCAGUUCCCCACGGCCACCGGCUUGUCGCACAUAUGCGGGGGGUCCCUCAUCACCCCGCAAUGGGUCCUCACGGCCGCUCACUGCUUCGGGGGCAAAACGGGGGCAUCGUCCCCAUCUGCCCUGCAGGAGGCCAAGGUCCGCCUCAUCGAUGCCAAGCUCUGCAACAGCAGCCUAUGGUACCGAGGGGCCAUCAAGAGCCACAACCUGUGUGCUGGGUACCCGCAGGGUGGCAUCGACACCUGCCAG